AUGUCAUAUCUCAUUUUAAACACAGAUGGCUUUCUUACGAAAGAUCUUUCUGUCGUAUAUCUUCUGUUGACAGCCCUCUUGAGCUUCCUUGUUGUCCUCGCAUGGCGUCGGACGGAAAAACCGACAAUACUGAUUGUCAACUCAUACUCUGGUGAUAUAAUUUUAAAAGAGGCACAGUCGACAUUCAUGUCAGAUGCCAGGAGUUUGAUCAAAGAAGGAAUCCAGAAGUUCAACGGACCAUUUCGCAUCAUAACCACUCUUGGCUCUCGGUUAAUUCUCCCAGCAUCAUAUAUAGAGUGGCUGAAAAAUUUUCCGGAUUUAGAUCAUCAAGCGCUUGUCCACGAUGUUGCAGCUCCCUUUACUAACGCAGGGAUUCUGAUCAAUGUCACAAAAACGAAAUUGAACAAUCAGAGCAGUCAGUGUGGGCUGCUUCAUGAACAUCUUACGGAGGCUCUUGACAAGACCUGGAUGGAUCACGAUGACUGGCACACCACUGAUUGGUCUCAACAUGCAGUCGGCUUCAUUGGGCAAAUGUCAGCAUCUGUUUUUGUCGGUCCUGAAUUAGCUCGUGAUCCUAAGUGGCAAGACUUAAUUAUCACUUCGACAUGA